GUCUACUCUGUUCUGUAGAUCAGGUGCGACUCUACCACUUUACGUGAUGCCAACCUUAGAGGACUUGGACGCGGUCAGUUCCUAUGAUUGAAGAUCAAGGCUAUCCAAAUGGGCCUUCUGACUGGCUUCGGUGUGCUUCCGGGGUUUGGAUACCCUAUGCUGAGGUUUUGGGACUUUUCUCGUACUCUAACGCAGAGUCAUGGAGCUGAAUGCAGAGGCCGGCUGAAAAAGAUGGCGUGGACAGAUGUGGAUACUUCUUGGAACACUCUGCCUGGAGUUUGCUGGCUUCGGUUGGUACAGGGUGCUAUAGAGAGAUCGCGCAUGUGUUGUAUGAUGCAUGGCCUGAGUUGUAAGUCCUGGUUUUUGGGGGAGCGUGUUCUCCAUUGGUGGGGUGGUCCACCUAUUCGCAUGGUCCCAGCUGGACCUCCUUUAUCGAUGCUACGUGCCAGGGACGUGGUAUCGCCUGCUCUUUGACUGGAUUUGAGGGGUUACUCUGCUACCAGUCUUGUAUAUGUCCCUCAGUUGAGCUAUCUAGACGACUUCACGAGACAUCAUCUUCUAGGGAGGCUUCCGUUGGACGGAGUACCUGUUGUUGAGUUUCAGCAAGCGGCUGCAGGGCCACAUGUAUGUGUUACUUUUCUGGUCUUCUUUUCCUGGAUUUCUUUCUCUGGUUGAGUUCUUUUUCUGAUGUUCUCUCAAGGAGGUGUUAGACGUGGGUCUCAUUCUGUCCGUGCUAGGGCAGACGUUCCUGGGUCUCCUAGUUGAGACCCAUCUGGUAAGCGAGCUGGUGUUGGUGAUAUGGUCUCUGGUUCUUUUAGUCCGAUGCCGGAGAGAUCAGCGCAUUCGGUGGCGUGCGUGGGCCUCUGCAUGACUCUGUUCCCUUGUGCUACAUGACGUAUUCUUUUGCGCCUGCCGACUGUACUCACGUGAGUGUUUCUCUAUUCUACACUUUUAUUUUGAGGGCCCUGUUGGAUUGAAUGUCUUCCUCUGGCUUUCAAGUACCUGUGUCUGAUGAAGUUCAGUUGCCCGAUGCUGCUUACUACAGGCGUGAUCGCUUGUGCACUGUCUCUGCACAAAUGAGGUUGCACAUUGACGAUCUGGAGGAGCAGGUGCGUUUGACAGGGCUGGUACGGCUGACAGUGACAUCCCUCCUGGUUUCCCUGGCGGUGGAGGUGGACUUCGUGCUGGUGAUCGUGGGCGAAGAGCCCGUGGUAGUCGAGGAUUUGACAUCUGAGUAGGUCAUGGAGACUUCGUUUCCUCUCCAGGUGGUAUAAAGACUGGACGCUAUUCUGGUGACACGCCCUCUAGGAGCCGCUACGAAGACUCAAAGACCUUGGAGCAGGAUUUGGACUCUGAUGAUUAGGCUUGUACUGUGUGUUUGUCACGUUUCGAAUGCUUCGUAUUGAUGACUGUGUAGGUUGUCGCAAUAUUUUGUACAAUUGGUGUUCUUGGCGCCUCUUCCUUUUAUAGCUUUAUUUUGUUUGCUAUAUCUGCUUUAGCUCUUCUAGCCUCUUUUGUCCUUUCUGUUUCUAGCUAGUGGAGACAUGAUCCCCCGGUUC